UAGUCCUAACGUAAAAAGUGAUAAAUGUUAAGAAUUUAGGAACUAUGAUGUUCCACUGAUAAUUUGUGUUUUAAGAUCAUAUUUGAAACGUUUUGUGACAAGAUGACAUCAAUAUUGAGGAAUUGUUGGAAGUUGUCGCAAAGUUUACCGGUUGCUACGCCAAAAUGUUAUGCUGUCGCUUUUCCAUCAUCUAUACGAUGCAACACCACGACAUCCACGACAGCCAGCGAAGAAACCGAAAAAACUGAGACUCGUCCCACGGUGCGUAAACCUAGUCAUAUUGAUGUCACCCGUUUGAUAAAUUUUGGUCGCUAUAUCUCUGAUUGCUUGCCAAAAUAUAUACAACAAGUACAAUUGACUGCUGGUGAUGAACUGGAGUUACUCAUUGCUCCUGAAGGCAUUAUCCCUACAUGUACAUUUUUGAAAGAUCAUCAUAAUACACAAUUUGUUAAUCUGUCAGAUAUUACUGCUCUAGAUGUACCUAGUAGGCAGUAUAGAUUUGAGCUUGUCUAUAACCUGUUAUCGUUGCGAUACAAUUCGCGUAUUAGAGUGAAAACAUAUACCGAUGAAUUGACACCUGUUGACUCUAUUAAUAGUGUAUUCAAAGCUGCUGAUUGGUAUGAACGAGAAGUAUGGGAUAUGUUUGGCAUAUUCUUCUUAAAUCAUCCUGAUCUUCGUAGAAUUCUUACAGAUUAUGGUUUUGAAGGGCAUCCACUUAGAAAAGACUUUCCACUCAGUGGAUAUGUUGAGGUUCGCUAUGAUGACGAGCAAAAAAGAGUAGUUAUUGAACCAUUGGAAUUGGCUCAAGAAUUCCGUAAAUUCGAGCUAUCCGCCCCAUGGGAACAGUUUCCUAAAUUCAGAGAUGCUCUACCAACUGCCGAAACUAUCUCGAAAGAAAAGUAACUGUUUUCACUAGUAGAUCAUUAGUUAUAAUCGAAGAAAGCAGACAUAAAGUAUGUAUAUUGAUAAAAUGUAAUUUACAUUAAAAAUCCUCUUUUCUCUUGUUAAUGAUUUCUGAAUAUCCAAUUCGGAAAUUUAUUUUGGAAAUACAGAGGGUAAUGUGUA